AUGGGGCGUGUUCGCACGAAGACAGUGAAGAAAUCGUCGAGGCAAGUGAUUGAGAGGUACUACUCUCGCAUGACGCUGGACUUCCACACCAACAAGAAGGUUCUGGAAGAGGUGGCAAUCAUCCCCUCCAAGAGGCUCCGCAACAAAAUCGCCGGCUUCUCCACCCACCUCAUGAAGCGCAUCCAGAAGGGUCCUGUGCGCGGCAUCUCGCUCAAGCUGCAGGAGGAGGAGCGCGAGCGACGCAUGGACUUCGUCCCCGACGUCUCUGCUAUCCGGACUGACCAGAUCGAGGUGGACAAGGAGACCCUCGACAUGCUCGCCGCCCUUGGAAUGUCCGAAAUCCCCGGCGUCGUUCAGGUCGAUCCUGUUCCUGCCCAAGCGCCGCUUGCCUUCGGCCGUCCCGCCGCCGGAAGGAGGUAUUAA